AGUUCUGUGCCCUGGGUCACAUCCUCGUUGCUUUUCGCCGGGUGCAGCGCAUCCUAUUCAAUUCUCAUACAGAGGUUGGAUUCAUAAGCCAUACCAGGACUCCACAACCUGCCAAAAGCUAUUUUACGCCUUUACGAAGAACAUUUUACUGACUAGGGGAGCCUGAAAAGACCAGGACCGAAAGGACGCCAUGGAUGAGGAAUAUGAUGUGAUCGUUUUGGGCACUGGUCUUACGGAGUGCAUCUUGUCUGGGAUCAUGUCCGUAAAUGGCAAGAAGGUUCUACACAUGGACAGGAACCCUUACUAUGGGGGCGAGAGUUCCUCCAUCACCCCUUUAGAGGAGCUGUACAAGCGCUUUGGCCUUAGUGACAGCCCUCCUGAGUCUAUGGGCCGAGGCAGGGAUUGGAACGUGGACCUCAUCCCCAAGUUCCUCAUGGCCAAUGGGCAGCUGGUGAAGAUGCUGCUGUACACAGAGGUGACUCGCUACCUGGACUUCAAGGUGGUGGAAGGCAGCUUUGUCUACAAGGGAGGGAAGAUCUACAAGGUGCCCUCCACCGAGACGGAGGCUCUGGCUUCCAACCUGAUGGGCAUGUUUGAGAAGAGAAGGUUCAGGAAGUUCCUCGUGUUUGUGGCUAACUUUGACGAGAACGACCCUAAGACCUUUGAGGGCGUUGAUCCAAAGGCGACCUCAAUGAGAGACGUCUACAAGAAGUUUGACCUUGGCCAGGAUGUCAUCGACUUCACGGGCCACGCCCUGGCUCUCUAUAGGACAGAUGACUACAUGGAUCAGCCUUGCCUGGAGACCAUUAACCGCAUUAAGCUGUACAGCGAGUCCCUUGCUCGCUAUGGCAAGAGUCCCUAUCUUUACCCCCUCUAUGGGCUGGGAGAACUGCCUCAGGGAUUCGCCCGGUUAAGUGCGAUUUAUGGUGGCACAUACAUGCUGAACAAACCAGUGGAUGAGAUUGUGAUGGAGAACGGCCGUGUGGUCGGUGUGAAGUCAGAGGGAGAGGUCGCACGCUGCAAGCAGCUCAUCUGUGACCCCAGCUACAUCCCUGACCGCGUGCGGAAAGCGGGUCAGGUGAUCAGGGUGAUCUGUGUCCUGAGCCACCCCAUCAAGAAUACCAGCGAUGCCAACUCCUGUCAGAUCAUCAUUCCCCAGAAUCAGGUCAACCGCAACUCCGACAUCUAUGUGUGUAUGAUCUCAUAUGCGCACAACGUGGCUGCCCAGGGGAAGUACAUCGCCAUUGUCAGCACCACCGUGGAGACAAGCGAACCCGAGGCUGAGAUCGAGCCCGCCCUCGAACUACUGGAGCCCAUCGACCAGAAGUUUGUGGCCAUCAGCGACCUCUACGAGCCUUCAGACGACGGAUCUGAGAGCCAGGUCUUCGCCUCCAGAGCGUACGACGCCACCACCCACUUCGAGACUACCUGCAAUGACAUCAAAGACAUCUACAAGCGCAUGACGGGCAGUGACUUUGACUUUGAGAACAUGAAGCGCAAACAGAACGAUGUGUUUGGCGAGGACGAGCAGUGAGCGGUGCCACAGUGUGUGGGUGUGUGUGUCAG